CGGGCGCGAGCCGGGCUCCGUCUGCACCACAUUCAUCUGCUGCCAAGGGGAGCCGCCGGGCGCUCGCAGGCUCGGCGCGCGCUGCCCGCGGGAGGACCCGGCCGUCGCGCCCCCGCCGCCUCCCCGCCGCCUCCCGGAGCCAUGGCAGCGCUCGGCCACCCCGCCGCCUUCGGCCGGGCCACCCAUGCCGUGGUGCGGGCGCUGCCGGAGUCCCUCUGCCAGCACGCACUGAGGCGCGCCAAGGGCGACGAGGUGGAUUUCGCCCGUGCCGAGCGGCAGCAUCAGCUCUACGUGGGCGUGCUGGGCAGUAAGCUGGGGCUGCAGGUGGUGAAGCUGCCAGCCGACGAGAGCCUCCCCGACUGCAUGUUCGUGGAAGACGUGGCUGUGGUGUGCGAGGAGACGGCCCUCAUCACCCGACCCGGGGCGCCGAGCCGGAGGAAGGAGGUUGACAUGAUGAAAGAAGCAUUAGAAAAACUUCAGCUCAAUCUAGUAGAGAUGAAAGAUGAAAACGCAACUUUAGAUGGUGGAGACGUCUUAUUCACAGGCAGAGAAUUUUUUGUGGGCCUUUCCAAAAGGACAAAUCAACGAGGUGCUGAAAUCUUGGCCGAUACUUUUAAGGACUAUGCGGUCUCCACAGUCCCGGUGGUUGAUGCUUUGCAUUUGAAGAGUUUCUGCAGCAUGGCUGGGCCUAAUCUAAUCGCAAUUGGAUCCAGCGAAUCUGCGCAGAAGGCCCUAAAGAUCAUGCAACAGAUGAGUGACCACCGCUAUGACAAACUUACUGUGCCUGAUGACGUGGCCGCCAACUGUAUAUACCUAAAUAUCCCCAGCAAAGGCCAUGUCUUGCUACACCGCACCCCAGAAGAAUAUCCAGAAAGUGCAAAGGUUUAUGAAAAGCUGAAAGACCACAUGCUGAUUCCUGUGAGCCAUUCUGAACUGGAAAAGGUGGACGGGCUGCUCACAUGCAGCUCGAUUUUAAUUAACAAGAAGGUAGACUCCUGAGUCGAAGUCCCCCCCACCCCCCACCCCGUAGCCGGCAAUACCGCACUCACAAGGCCAAUGACUGUCCCACUCCUGCCGUGUUCAUUGACAAUCUACUUUGCCACUGUGCUAUUAACCCUGGUUUACAAAAAGUCUCCUAAGUUUGCUUCGCUCUGCACCCUCCCCUUCCUCCCCUUGCCGUGGUACCUAAACUGUGGGUUUUGCUAAAUGAAUUAAACAAUCUAGAAAAUAUAGAGCUAAUGAAUUAUUGAACUGUGAUUAAUAAUAGUAAAGAAACACUCAUUUCAGUGUUUGUAUUAUCAGUGUGAAUAUAUAUAUGCUGUUUAGUUGCCAAUAUAUGCUAAAGAAUGUCUUCUUGAUCAGUCAGAUAGGCCAGGGUUGUUUUGUUUUGUUUUUCUCUCUGUAUUGUUAAUCAUCUUUGGUUCCUGUGAAAUUCCCUGGUCCCUGGCUUCUCUCCUUUUCCUUCCUUUUUCUCAUCUGAACUCUGGAAAUUUCGUUGCCAGUUACUUUCUUUUGCCUUUCUCACUUCUAUUACCUUGGGUAAAAUCCACAGUCUUGCCUUCUGGAUACCUUCCUGCAGGUCCCUCCUGUCUGCCACAUUAGCCUCCUCUGGCCCAUGGCUGCAUCUUCAGCCACCACCCUCACUCUCGCCAGGAAGGGCAAACGGGUCCCUCAACAGAACUGUGACCAAAAUCAGAACGGCUAUUUGGGGAAGAGUUAACCAGGCAGAGGCAUAUCCUGAUGGGGUUUGUCCCAGAGAUCUAAAUUCCAGAAGAAGUAGGGUACCACACCUAGGAAGGUAAAUUCAACUCCAGAGGGUUACUAGAGAUCAUAGAUCAAGAAGCCUGGACACACCCAAUGGGUACAUCUCAGAAAGUCUUUAAGUCACAUUCCAUGAAUUUUUGCUUUAUUACUGACCAUUUAUAGACCUUGGGGAAUAGUCUUAUUUUUUCCUUCAGCUCAUUUCUCUUCCCACCCCCACUCAUCGUGACUCACCCUACUUCCAGCCUUCUACCCCCUGCAAUUAUCCUGGUCUAGCAAAUCACUUCUUUCAAAAGAGACAUUGCAUCUACAAAUGAUUAUUGAUGGUCUAGCAAGAGCCAGAUGAAGCAUAUUCAGGAAGUGAUCAGCUUAGUGCUUGAAACCACAGACAAUGGACAAUUCCACUUUGAAAUAUCUAUGAAUAUAUACUGUGGAAUUCAAUUAAAACUUCUUUCCUCUCUAGCUUUUAAAUUACACAACCUGACAAUGAUGCUGGUCUCUUACAAAGAACAAUGCCACAGUGAAGGGAGAGAUCAUUGUCUUUUAUUUAAACCUGAAAGAAUCAGCCUUUUAGCAGGCCAGGGAAAUGGUACUUUCCAAGGAAUGGUGACUGAUCCAGGCAUGUUAUCAAACUUCCUAGUCAUCUCCACAUUUCCUGUAUUGCCUGUAGCUUGUUGUUCAAGAUUAACAAUCAGGGAGAUUAAGAAAUAUGACUUCGAGGCUUGCUCUGCUUACCUAUGUGUUUCCUUUUUUUUUUUUGAAGGUUUAUUUAUUUGAGAGAGGGUGCAUGGGUUGGGUGGGGGAGGGGUAGAGAGAAUCUCAAGCAGACUCCCCGCUGAGUGUGGAGUCUGACCUGGGGCUUGAUGUCACGACCCUGAGAUCAUGACCUGAGCCGAAAUUAAGAGUCAGACGCUUAACUGACUGAGCCAUCCAGGCGCCCCUUACCUAUGUAUUUCUAACCAAACAUUUCUUAUGUUUGGUGACCAAGAUAGAAUUCCCUCCAUUCAUAUCUCCCCUUAGCAAAUGGAAGUGAUAAACCUCUGAGAAGACAUCCUUAACCACCACCUAUCUUUUUCAUUUAUUUGAUGAUUUUAUGCCAGAAUUUGAAGAAAUUCCUGCUCCUCCUAUUUGCUUAACUUUAAAUUCAUUUCCAUGCAGAUAUCUUAGUUACAGCAUCCUAUGAAUGAACCAUAUCUUGGUCACUGUCUUAUUUCGAAGUGUCUCAUCAUGGGUAAAGAGUGUGUUUUUACCAGAAAGAAAAUGAUUUGUUACCCACAUGGUCUAGUCAAUAAGGAAAAAUUGUCCUCUACGAUUAUGGUUGCCCUUUUGGGUUAAAUCUGGCCCUGUGCUGGCAAAAGCAGAACUUCUCCCUGGGAGAGUCCAGCAUCUCAAAAACAACCUCGGGAAAGUUAACCCAGUCAGCCACCUUAGGAUUACUAUUAAAGCUAAGUGGCAUAUAAUUUUCAAUAUAUUUACUUCUAUCAUCCCAAAUUGAAGAACUGUAUUAUAUUUAGUCAAUUGCAAGUGAAUCAAUUUUUCUUUUGAACAGUUUGUCCUAUAGAAGGCUCUUUUUCACUUUUUCUUUCCUUUGCUUCUUUCCCUUUUUGCUCCUCUGUCUCAAGAAAUCACUUAGAAUCUACAUGCCUCUUCCACAGAAUUGUUUUGUCUGCUAUGUCACUGACUAAGACUGUCUUCUUUGUACUCCGUAUGUGAUAUGAUGGUGUGAAAAGCCAAAAUAUCUGCAGCAUAGAGUAGUAUUUUUUGAUGUUCUCAUCAGCAUAACGUUAUCUUUGCAGAGGAAAGAUGACCUGUUACAUAGGUUCCCCUCGAGUCCAUUAUGAUUUAUAAGGAUAAAUAAACUAACACAAGCUGCUCUUUGACAUUGUAAAGACAUUAGGAAUUGUAUUAAAGUAAGGAAAAGUUGAGUCCGAAUUACUUGGUUAGUAAGAUUCAAUCUAACAGGGGCAAUAUAGAGAAAGUACAUUAUUUAGCAUUAUCUCUUCAACUAUAAUGGAUUGCUAUAGAAAUCAGCGGCAGAUCUAUAAUGUGUAUUGAUUGCUCUUUAAGCUACUCUGAACAGAUUACUAAGGCUAUCUCUUCAUCUCUAAAGGGGAAAUAGUCUGUAGAUGAAUAAUGUGACUUAUAUAGAGUUGCAUGUUAGUCUUCAUAAUUAUUUACUCUCUAACAUUCUACAGAACUCAGACUUGGUCUCAACAUGGUGUUAGACUUGUGCAUUUUGUUUUACUGACCAUCACAUUCCAGCCAAUGUAUGGUUAUCCACUCUGUGUGCCAAAACCAGUCUUGCCUUUCACGGCCCUCUAAUCCAGAGAAGUUCUGCACUGAUUUUAGUCUCUUGCUGUCCUGAUGCUACAAGUAUACCAAUCACGAUGGAAUAAAGUGUGAAUUGUACUGUGA